AUGGAGACACAAUUGGGACAGAUUGCUGAUGCCUUGAACCAAAGAGAGGUUGGAAAGUUUCCAAGCCAACCCGUGAUACUCCAAAGGAACCAAGAGCAAGCUAAAGCAAUCACUACACUUAGAAAUGGUAAGGUUAUCAAUAAUAGAGUUGGCAAUGAAGUUACUAAUGAAUUUGAUCAUGUGAAUGCAGGGGUUACUCAAGGAGAAAAUGAGAAACCAAAUGAGGAACCAAGCCAUGCUAAUUCCUCAUUUGAAGCACCAAAUCUUCACAAGGCCGAGAAACCUUACACUCCACCAAUACCAUUCCCUGGAAGACUUGCCAAGAGCAAGCAGGAUAAGUCAUUUAAGGAAAUUUUUGAUAUUCUAAGUAAGGUGAAUGUUAACUUACCCUUGCUUGAUGUCAUUAGGAACAUGCCAGCUUAUGGGAAGUUCUUCAAAGAGUUAAACAACUACAAAAGGAAGUAUGGACCACAUGAGAAGGUAGUGGUGUCUGAGAAUGUAAGUGCAGUGUUGCAAAGAAAACUCCCACCAAAGCUCAAGGAUCCAGGAAGUUUCUCUAUCAACAUCACCAUAGGGGACAAGAAAGUAGAGAAGGCAAUGCUUGAUUUGGGUGCUAGCAUCAAUUUAAUGCCCUAUUCCGUGUACCUUCAACUAGGUUUGGGGGAAUUGAAGGCCACCACCAUUUCAUUACAACUUGCGGACAGAUCCGUGAAGUAUCCAAGAGGUAUAGUAGAGGAUAUUCUAGUUCAAAUUGAUAAACUAAUCUUGCCUGCGGAUUUUGUAGUGUUGGACAUGGAAGAAGCUCCUAUACAUGACCGAGAGUUGCCUAUUUUGCUUGGAAGACCAUUCAUGGCCACGGCUAAGACCAUCAUUGAUGUGCAAAAUGGACUCCUCACUAUGACAGUGCUAGGAGAGACCGUGCAAUUUAAAGUGUUUGAGUCUCUUUCUCAUCCUUCUUCAUCUCUUGAGUGCUAUGCCAUUGAUGUGCUUGAUUCAAUUGUUUUCUCUAAGUUCUUGCAGGCACAAUCUAGUGAACCAUUACAAACUGUUUUGACUCAAUCUCAAGAUGAGUUUGAUGAAGAAGAUGCACUCAUGGAAGUGGUAGCUACCUUGGAAGCAUUGGCACCGUAUCCUUUAAAUGUUUCACCUCUUGUUGAGCAUUUAGAAUCAUCUAGGUCACAUUUAAUACCUUCCAUUGUUAAGGCACCAAAACUUGAACUUAAACCACUUCCACCACAUCUUAAAUAUGCAUAUCUAGCUGAAUUUGAAACUCUUCCUGUUAUCAUAGCUUCUGACCUGAAUCCAAAUGAAGAAGAUAAACUAAUGAGAGUGUUAAAAGAGUCCAAAUCAGCUAUUGGGUGGUCUAUUGCAGAUAUCAAGGGAAUAAGCCCUACUAUGUGCAUGCAUAGGAUUCUUUUGGAGGAUGGAUCAAAGUCAACCCGUGAGCCACAAAGAAGGCUCAAUCCACACAUGAAGGAAGUGGUGAGGAGUGAAGUGUUGAAGUUGUUAGAUGUGGGAAUCAUAUAUCCCAUUUCGGAUAGCAAAUGGGUGAGUGCUAUUCAGGUGGUACCCAAGAAGGUGGGAAUCACAGUGAUGACAAAUGAAAACAAAGAGCUUGUGCCCACAAAGCCCACAGCUAGUUGGCGUGUUUUCACCGACUACAGGAAGUUGAAUUCUAGCACUAGAAAAGAUUACUUUCCUAUGCCUUUUAUAGAUCAAAUGCUUGAGAGAUUGGCAGGUGUUUGGUUCUUCUUUUGA